UACAGGACAUGCGCACUACUAGAAUGAGGAAAAAUCUGUAAUUUUUAAAUUCAUUCUGUUUCUUGGGCUGACAAAACAUGUUUUGAACUAGUUAACCCGAUCUACAAUUAUCGAAAUCAGUUCACAAAUGGUUAUCUGUAAAUUGUGCUCAUACGAGUUGAGUUUGUUCCUGUGUCCUGAUCGACUUGGAAAAAAGGAUUGAAGAUGAUGGCUCCUCAUAGAUAAUCAGCUCACACGGGAAACUUUGUCUAAAGAAUUUCUAGAAGCGGCUCUCAUCAACAGCAAGUAAUUCUGGAAUAUAGCUUCGAGUUCUUUUUCUACGUAAUACAAUAAUUAUAUUGCAUCGCACUUUGCUACAAAAAACUAAACAUGUUAACAUCAAUCGUGCAUGACAUGAAUAAGAACUCCUGGUUGCAACAGGAAUCGAACGAUGACACAGGAAUCAGCAGAAUGAACGAAAGGAAGAAGGCACUCAAUGCGAUUACUUCGAAUGUAACCCAAAAACCUGUUAUCAUCUACGUUAAUGAAGGAGUUGUAGAGGUCUCAAAGUCCAACUAUCCGGACUCAAGUGACAUUGAUCGGUUCAUGAGCGUUUGGAAACCAUCGUAUCCAGAUUCUAACAUUGAAUCGGAAACAUAUUCACAUUUCAUCAAAUAUGUUAGUACGAAGGUGGACUACUGCAAUAACAAUAACGAUUCGUCAUUUGUCACCGGGGUUAUACGCAGAGCAGUGAGAAAUGCCGGCGUCAUAUGGCAAGACGACAAGAGACGCGUCUCACGACAAUUUCUCACCAAUUUGAAUAUCGCUCAACUUCAAGUGAUUGUUAAUGAUUUACAGAGAUAUAUUGAAAUGUUAAACGAUAAACUGGUACAAUUGCUUAUGAAGCGCGAUGAACUACAGAUGAGCCAGGAUGCUACUUUGAUAGAUAUAGAAGAUUUGUCGUUAUAUUUUUAAAACUAUUUUUCUUUCUCAAACACAAUACUAUUCGAAGAUAAAUAUGAUCUAUAUAUAUUCAUUGAAACAUGGCUGUUCUGAAACUUAAAUAAAGUUGAUUGUGAGAAACUCUAAAA